AUGGACUACCGCGGUCGUGAUCGACGAGGCUGCCACCGAGGCUCCAUACGGGACGAUGACCGGCGCGAGGAGCCUGUGGCACUGGCUAUCGCUACACUGGGUAUUUUACAAGGUCUGGAUGGCUUGAUUGGACAAUCUGCGAUACUCUGCUACCAAGGGCCAUGGGCGGCUCUGGCCGGGGGCGCGGGGCCAAGCCUACGCUAG